AUGCCCACUGACGAAUCAUGGACUACACCGCUCACUACUGCUACCGCUAUGCCUCUCUUUUGUCCUAACUCAACCGCUCAACCUCCACUCACAGACCACCCCACCUCCCGUCCUUCACCUACAUGUACUCUUAUGUCUUCUACGGUCACCGUCACAAACGACCCACGUCUCGUAGCUGAUGGAAGUAACAGCCAAACUCCCGGUUUUCAAUGUCCUGCAAUCGCAACCGUCUCUCACUUCACCGAAGCUCUAGCUCUCCUUCGAGCUGGUUCUCCAUUCGUCCUUGCAAUGUUUAAUGUUCGAACAUUGAUGCAGAUCGGACGACAAGCAUGUCUGGCCCGUACUCUUGAAACGCUAUCGGCAGACAUCUGUUGCCCUUCAGAGACCAGAUUACAAGACUCUAGCGCCGUCAUCAGAAUGGCCUCUCCGAUAAACUCUGACGCCAACUACUACUUGCGGCUUUCCGGAGACCCAGAAUCUGCCGCCACUGGUCAAGCUGGUGUUGGGGUUGUAUUAAGUGCCAGGGCUGAAUCAGCUCUGCUUGACUGGAUCACAGUCAACAGUCGGCUAUGUGUAGUCAGAUUAAGAGGUUCAUGUAACGUAAGCAGACGUCGAGAUGUUAAGCGUGCCUUGUUUGUCGUCUCCGCCUACGCCCCUACAGACUGCAGCCCGGAUGCAGUUAAAGAUAGCUUUUACCAACAACUACAUGAACUUCUGC